AUGCGAGAUGUGGACCUUCACAGCAGAAACACGGCAGAAUAUCGCAGCUGUAGAGACGUGGUUUUAUCGGCGUAUGCUCAAGAUCUCGUGCCCAUGAUGGAGCUGAAAGACAGCUGUGCCAGCGAGGGCAGCCAUGAAUCAGAAAGUGCUGGCACAGGCAACCUGUCAGGCCCCUUUUCCUGGCACUUGUUUGCCCAGCGCAGCACGCUACAUGGCCUGCGUUAUGUUUUCCCACACCGUCGUUCCUCAGCACUGCGGCGUGUACUCUGGAGCGCAUCUCUACUGGCCUGUCUUGGUCUGCUGGCACUGGAGGGUGCGGAACGCGUAGCCCACUUCCUGUCAUAUCCACACGUAGCAAGCGUGGGUGCCGUGCCUGCAACGAGCCUUGUGUUCCCCGCCGUCACCGUGUGCAACCUGAAUGCCUACCGCUUCACACGGCUCACGCGUAAUGACCUGUACCAUGCAGGAGAAUUGCUGGCACUGCUUGACGUACAUCUGCAUGUGCCCGAGCCACAGCUGGCCGAGCCCCAUGUUCUCGACUUUCUUGCGGAGCGCGCCAAUUUCAGUGGUUUCCGGCCCAAACCGUUUAGCAUGCGCGAGUUCACCGAGCGCGUCGGCCAUGACCUACACGAGAUGAUGCUUUACUGCCGCUACGAGGGCCAGGAGUGCAGCCACCGGGACUUCAAAACCACUGGUAUUUGCAACACGGGGUCAGUGACCAGUCCACUGCAGCCCAGACAAUCGGACAAACCAACGACUGUGCGUCUGGAACAGCCCGUGAAGGAAGCAACAUGUCGCUGA